AUGGAGGAGUUGGCCCAGCGGCUGCAGGCCAUGGAGGCGCGGCAGCAGGAACUGGUGCAGGAGCUCCAGCGGCAGCAGCAGCGCGGGCAGGCCGCGGAGCAAGGCCUGCAGGCGGCGCAGGCCGAGCUCGCGCAGCUUCGUGCCGCGCCCGCGGCGGCACCGCAGCAGCCGCUACUGGAGCGCCUUGGCGGCGCGACCGUGGACACGCGGACCCUGGGGAAGCCGGCGAGCUUCUCAGGGCACCGCGAGGCGUGGCGGGAGUUCCGUUUCGUCUUCCAUGCCUUCGCCUGCGCCGCGCAUGCCAACAUGGCGGAGCUCUUCACGCGCGUGGAGGCGAUGGGAGCCAAUGUCGUGGAAGGUCAAGAUCUCGACGAGGCCACGGCCGCCUUGAGCCGCCAGCUGUAUUACAUGCUGGUGAUGACGACGACGGACGACGCUCACCUUCUCCUGCACAACGUGGAGGAGGGCAACGGCGCAGAGGCCUGGCGGGGGCUGUGCUGGGAGUACGAACCAGACGUGCGAGUCCGCCAUGGCGCAGUGCUGCACGCACUCCUGCGCCGCGAGUUCGGCAAGGACCCGAACGGCGACCUCGCGAAGGAGAUCGAGAGCUUGGAGCGGGACGUCCGGCGUUGCGAGAAUCAGAGCGGGAAGGUGCUGGACGAGGACGUCAAGAUCUCGACGUUGGUGGGCGGCAUGCAGAACACGAAGGUCCGGGAUCACCUCCUGCUCAACGCCGCUCGUCUGGACACGUUCCAGAGGCUGCGGGCGGAGGUCCUGAAUUUCGCCGUGGCCAAGCGGACGUGGGCCCAGGACGUCGACGACCCCAUGCUGAUCGGAGCCGUCAAGGACGGCAAAGGCAAGACCUCCAAGGGCAAGGGGAAGGACUCCAAAGGGAAAGGAAAGGACUCCAAGGGCAAAGCCAAGACCAAAGACACCCACAACCCCGCCUCGGGCAAGGAGUGCCACUACUGCGGGAAGCCCAACCACUUCAAGAACGAGUGCAGGAAGCUCAAGGCCGACAUCAAGGCCGGGAAGGUGGACGCGAACGGGCUCCGGCGCAGCAUCCAGCUCGUCUCCGGACGAGCCGUGGACGAUCCAUUGACGGUCAACAUGAUCCAGCCUGCUGGCAUGAUUGCUGCGGUGGGACAUGGUGGUGUCGAGCUCGCCCUGCUGGACUCCGGGUCGGGGGUCGUGGCAUGCCCUGCUGAUUAUGCACCUGAUGUUCCCAUGCUGCCUCCUCGUAGGGAUCUUCGUCCCAUGGUGAGUGCCACGAGCGAGCCCAUCAAGAACUACGGCACCAAGAACAUCACCUACGUGUUGGACAACGGGGAGGAGAUGGCUAUCACGUGGAACGUGACGAACGUGAACUGCCUGAUCCUCUCGGCCUCCGCGCUGCGGCGCGGAGGGGCGACUGUCGUGAUCGCCCCGGAGCGUGAGAUGCUCCACACUGCCAGUGGAGGCUGCGUCGACCUCGUCAUGCAGUCGGACGUGCCGUGGUUGAGGCUUCGGCGGCAGGCCCGAGGGAUCCGUGCAGCGCGCGUCCCAACGGCCAUCGAGGUAGGAGAGCCCGCGUCUGCGGCUGAGCCCGCGACUGCGGAGGAGGUGCAGCCCGCGCCUGCGGUAGGCCCCGCGGCGGCGGACGCGGCACCUGUAGAGGCCCGGGCGGCCCCCAGGGAGGCGUUACGACGCAUUCCAGCCCCCCUGGAUGCCUCUGAGGAGGCGAGGCCUCACCGAUCCGUGAAGGUCCCCAUCGGCCCCUCGGAUCACGAGAAGGAGGAGCACUACUUGACCCACAUCCCGUUUAGAUCAUGGUGCAGCUACUGCACACGGGCUGCGGCCCCUGACGAUCCUCACCAUCGGACGCGCAUGCCCGUUACGAUGCCUUUGAAGCCGAUUGUGAUGAUGGACUACACGUUCGUGACCGACCCCCCGUUCGACAUGAUGACGAUCCUGACCGUAUACGACCAGGAGCUCGGGAUGGUGUUGGCGCUGGUGGUGGACGAGAAGGGCCCCAUCGAGUACGCGAUCCGCAGCGUCACUGAGUACCUCGGGUACUGGGGUAGGAAGGCCAUCAUUUUGAGGGUCGACGGCGAGCCCGCCAUCAAGGCCCUGGCGGAGGCGAUCCGCAUCGGGCGUGCGGAUCCCACAGUCUUGGAGAUGAAGCCCCGGUACUCGCCUGAGUCCAUGGGCGGCGUCGAGAACAUGAACAAGGAGGUGAAGAACCUGCUGAGGACCAUCGUCCUGUACCUGAUGGACGUGGCGAAGGUCGAGCUGCACACUGGUCACCCGCUGGUGCCCUGGCUUGUGCGGCACUGCGGCUGGUGCAUAUGCAUGUACCGUGUGCGCGCGGACGGCCAGACGGGCUACGAGAGGUUGAAGGGCCGGCCAUACAACGGCAAGAUUGCCCUCUUCGGGGAGUGCCUGUGGUACCGGACCCCCGAUGCCUCCCGUCUUUCGUCCUUGGACGAGCGCUGGACCACGUGCAUCUGGUUGGGCAAGAGCUGGAAGACCGACGAGCACAUCAUCGUGUUGGGCAACGAAGUGCGCCUAGCCAGAUCUGUCCGCCGCAAGGCUAUAGGCAAGAGGUGGAACAAGAAGAUGCUGGAUAAGGUGCUCUGCACUCCGUGGCUUCCGCGCCUGGACGCCCAGACCCCGGCCGUCCGGCCGAAGCGCUACAUCACGAAGGCUUACCUCGACAAGUACGGCCUCACUCCCGAGUGCCCCGGCUGCACGGGGCGCACGACGGGACACAGCGACACCUGCAAGGCUCGUUUCUUGGCGAUCUGGGGGAAGGAGGAUGAGGCACUAGCAAGCAGUAGUGCCGCAGCGCCGGCGGCCUCCGCAGAGGCGCCGCAGCCGGCGGCGUCCGGCCCUCAACUCGAAGCCCCCCCGGGGCUCCCCGCACCUGCCGGAGCCGCUCCAGACGCCGACAUGGCAGCUCCGGCGGAGGAUGCGGCCCCUGCCGCUCCACCAGGGCUGGCCCCGGCAGCCUGUGACCCCGCCGUGGACGCAGAGAUGGAGGCUGCGAGCAUCGCGGCGAAGCGCGAGCGGGAGGACCUGAGCUUCCAGGAGAAGGUCGAGCUCUUCGAGAGUGGUGGCGCUGAUGCCAGCGGGCCCGCGUCUUCGAGGAGGCGCGUAAUCGGCGCUCUGCAUGUGUGCGGCCAGCCGUCCCUUGCGGAGGCCAGGAGCAUCGCAACGCCGGUGGCCUACGUGGCGACGCCAGACAUCGGCACGCAGGACGUCAAGGACCACAAGACCGGCGAGGUGCUCGACCCCGAGCUCGUGCGCGCGGGCCGCGCACGGGAUCGCCAGAACAUGCUGGACAGGUGCCUCUACGAGCGCGUGCCAAUGAAGGACGCUAGGGGCAAGAAGGUGCGCAGCAUGUGGCUCGACGAGAAGCGCGUGCAGGACGGUGAGACCACCGUCCGGUCGAGGUGCGUGGCCAUGGAGUUCAACAUGUACGACCGGCUGGACACGUACACGGCGACGCCCCCACUGAAGUUCAUCAAGUUGAUCGUCUCACGAGCUGCCUCAAUAAGACGUCCUGGCUCCAACGAGUGGACCAGGGUGCUGGGGCUCUACGACAUCGUCACAGCAUUCUGGCACGCCGACUUGCCGCUGGACGAGCCGAUCACGGUGAUCCCGCCUAGGGGCGAGGAGGUCCCGGGGAUGGUGUGGCAGAUGCUGAAGGCGAUGUAUGGCACGCGCCGUGCGUCGCAGCUGUUCCUCGAGUUUAUGGUGAAGGUCUUCGACCAGUGCGGCUACCAGGUUUUGAAAACCAGCCGCCAGAUCUUCUACUCGAGGCAGUACGACUCUUUGGCCGGUUUGUGGGGCGACGACAUCAUAGCUGAGGCGGAGAGCGAGGGCAUCGACCAUCUUGACGCCAUGAUCAGCCGGCUGUGCAACAUCAAGGUCCUCCCUCGCGUCGGACCUGGUUGCAGCCUGAUGGGCCGUUACCUCAAGCGCUACAUCUGCUACGUGCCGGGAUUCGGCUACGAGUGGAACGAGGACCCGAAACACGUUACGAUGCUCUUGGAAAGCACGGGCAAGCUCAAAGCUAAGCCCCAAGGGAGCCCAUGCAGCAAGCACAUCGGCAGGGACGAUCCGGCGAUCCUCGACGAGCUCGACGGCGAGUCGCAGACCAAGUAUCGUAGCGACACCGGUCGCGUGCUGUACGUGUCGUCCGGGCGCUUCGACAUCCAGUACUCGGCCAAGGAACUGGGCGAGCAGAUGUCCACGCCUCGCCGGCUAGGCAAUGCAAGGCUGGACCGCUGCGCGCGGUACCUCGCAGGCUGCCCGUUCUUGGCGCUCGUCUUCAAGCACGAGCCGGAGGCAGGUGGCUCUUGGAUCCCGGUCGACAGCAACUGGGCCGAGGAGCCAGACCGGUACUCGACCCACGCAGGUUGCGAGUUCGUGGGCUCGCAUUUGAUCGAGUCCUGGGUCGUGACUGACCAGGUCCGUGCCCUCUCCAGUGCGGAGGCCGAGCUUUACGGCAUCGUCGACGGUGCGGCCAGGGGUAUCAUGACCCAGAGCCUCUUCAAGGAGAUCGCGGAUCUGCGCGGUGCCGGAGCGGCAUGGUCCGUGACCGUCGGCAGCGACGCCAGCGCCGCCAUCGGCAUCAGCUCGAGGAGCGGCGUGGGGAAGACCCGCCAUAUCGCGACGCGAUGGCUCUGGGUCCAGGACGCCGUCCGGGAGAAGCAGAUCAUCCUCAAGAAGGUCCCCGGCGAGACCAACAUCGCCGACCUGGGAACGAAGGCAUUGGAGCCGAAGAGGCACCAGGAGCUCAUGAAACUGCUCCCCCUGGCAAAGCCUACGUGCCGCCGGUUCCUGGCGGUGUUGGUGGCCCUGGGAGCGGCCCCUGCAACGCAGGCCGCCCAGGAGGCGCAGGAGGAGCUGACGUGCGCGGUGAAGCCGCAGUGCGAGGACUCCAAGCUCAUCAACUAUAUGCUCGUCGCUCUUCUGACCUGGGGGCUGGUGCGCCUCUGGGACUGGGCGCGCCGACCGCGCAAGCGGAACUCCCGCGACAGCACCCGCGUCUGCGGCUCCAGGCCGCGACAGCGGAUGAGCCUCGAGGAGGCGAAUGGGAAGCAGUACUCACGCGAGGCUGCAGAUGACCCCAUCGCGGUCUUCCUCGGAGGCGUGGCGAUCCGGUGGAGGUGA